CAGGAAAACAAUGUCGUUCAAAUGGUGUUUGUCAAAACGCCAAGUCCUGCAAUUGCGAAAAUACUGGUGGUGGAAGUCUGAGCUUAGGAAUCGCUUUUUGUUCAAAUUGAUCUUAAUCAAUGUCAUUUAUACGUGAUUUCAUCCAUCUGUUAAAGCUAAGCUUUGAUUUUAUUCUUUCCAAAAGAAAAGAAAAGGAAAAGGUUUCAAAUGGCAUUAAUGGAUAUAAAUUGAAGGACAUUUAUUGGCAGGUCGGGUACUUGUUUGCUAUUGUUUAAUUAAUAGAUAGAAAUAUCUGUAAUCCAGAAGAAAAAGAAAAUUAAUUAUUUUCCUUUAUCGAAUAUAUGAUCCUUUAUUAUUGAGUAUUAUCAUAUAUAUAAUAUAAGGCCAUUAAAAAAUAAUAAUAACAAAAAAAAUAGGAUACCAGUCACCAAAAAAAUUGGCCAACCUUUAAUAACCGUCACUUGUUUUUCUAGGUGUAUUUCUGGUUCAAUACCGUUAUUGAAUGGGAAAAGACAAAGAAAGAAGGGAGAAAGAAAGCACGCAUUGAUGCAGAAUUGCCAAAGAAUCUCUGUCAAACAUCAUUACUUUCGCUGCAUUAUUCAUCACCUUCAUUGCUUUGCCAAAGCUGUAUAGGAUCAAGAAAAUAUUUAGAAUUAGAUCAUUGAGUUUUUAUAUGCACAUUGUUUGUUGGUGAACAAGCUUAUAUAAUCAUAUAGAAAAGAAAAUAAAAAUAAAGGGCGGUUUCAGAAAUGGCAGGUGGAGAAACCCCAGGUGCAAGGGAGCUUGACCAGACACCCACAUGGGCUGUCGCUGCAGUUUGUGCUAUCAUCGUUUUACUCUCUAUCAUUUUAGAGAAGUUUCUUCAUUGGACUGGAGAGUGGUUUCAAGAAAGACACAAGAGAGCUCUCUAUGAAGCUCUUGAGAAAGUGAAAGGAGAGCUUAUGGUGUUAGGAUUCAUAUCUCUGCUUCUGACAUUCAGUCAGAACUUCAUUGCCCGAAUUUGUAUUCGCGAAAAGUUUGCGAAUACAAUGUUACCUUGCCCCCAAAAGGGUAAGCAUCAUGAACCUGAUUCUGACCCUUUCAAGGAAGAGGACCAUCAUCGCAGGCUUCUAUUGUAUGAUCGCAGAUUUUUAGCAGCUGAUAGCUCUGGUGCAGGAUGCAAAGCGGGGCACGUGCCGCUGAUAUCUGUGAAUGGACUGCAUCAGUUGCACAUCUUCAUAUUCUUUUUAGCAGUUUUCCAUGUAAUCUAUAGUGCCAUAACAAUGAUGCUUGGAAGAUUAAAGAUUCGUGGUUGGAAGGAGUGGGAACGUGAAAGCUCCAAGGAUCAUGAUGCCCUGAAUGAUCCAACAAGAUUCAGGCUCACUCACGAGACAUCGUUUGUAAGGGACCACACUAGUUUCUGGACAAAAAUGCCAGCCCUUCAUUACGUUGUAUGCUUCUUUCGACAAUUCUUCAGAUCCGUUACAAAAGCUGACUACUUGGCCAUGCGACAUGGAUUCAUUUCUGUUCAUUUAGCACCUGGAAGCAAGUUUGACUUUCAGAAAUACAUUAAAAGAUCAUUAGAAGAUGAUUUCAAGGUAGUCGUUGGAAUCAGUCCACUACUCUGGGCCUCUGUGGUGGUUUUCCUGCUUUUUAAUGUUCAUGGAUGGCAGGCUAUAUACUGGGUUUCUGUACUUCCAAUAUUCGUAAUCUUAGCCGUUGGAACAAAGCUCCAAGCAAUUAUAACACAAAUGGCGGUUGAAAUUCAAGAAAGACAUGCUGUAGUCCAAGGAAUACCACUAGUUCAAGUCUCUGACAAACAUUUUUGGUUUAGUUGGCCUCAGCUAGUCCUUUUCCUCAUCCACUUUGUCCUCUUUCAGAAUGCAUUCGAGCUUACAUACUUCUUCUGGAUAUGGUAUGAAUUUGGGUUGAAAUCAUGUUUUCACGAGGAUAUAAAUCUUAUAUACUUGAGAGUUGCUCUCGGGGUAGGAGCACAAAUUCUCUGCAGCUACAUCACACUUCCACUCUACGCCCUUGUUACUCAGAUGGGAUCAACCAUGAAGAGGUCAAUCUUUGACGAGCAAACUUCCAAGGCAUUAAGACAGUGGCAUAAAAAUGCUGUAAAAAAGAAGCACGAGGGGAAGCCUGAUCACAUGCCGACCAAGACACUGGGUGGAAGCCCUAGCAGCUCUCCUGCGCAGUCACCGUCACAUAUGCAUUCUCACCCAAGGGAUCAUGAAUUGACUGAUGUUGAAGCAGACGGAGCAGACCCUCACCAGACAGCAAACAUCAUGGCUAUUGUGGAUCUGGAUGGAGAUCAAGAAAAAGGAAGUCACCCAUAUGGUCAACAACAUGAUCUACUAAGUUGAUAAUGUUUUAGGGCUUAUUAACCAGUGACCGAAGGUGACAGAGAUUAUGCUGCUGCUGUUUUAGCUGUAGAAGUAGAUUUAUUUUUCUUAAAAAAAAAUUUUACAGCCCUUUAACUUCAAGAAAGGGAAAUUAGCUGGUUCAAAAAAUAGUUUCCCUUCAGAGUUGAUGCAACGGAAGAUCACCACCAUCCCUCUAUUGCCUGAUCUUCUUUUUGGCAAAGCCUUUGACUGUAAUUAUCGACUACUGACUUAAACUUCUUGAUAACAUUAAAGGAUAUGAAUAUAUGUGGUUUAAUCCUUCAUGGGCACAUUUUUAA